AGACCAAAAGAGCUGACAAGGAUCAGAGAAACAUCUGAAGGAAUCCAGUUGCUCUGACGAACACCAUCCAUCGCUGAAGAAUACAUUAAGGACAUCGCCGUGCUCAUCUGUGGCUCGACACCCAUGAGAAAGAAGCCUAACCAGCUCUAAUCUUCAAAGGAUUGCUUAACCAAACCCAGCUAAGAUGAAGGCCUUCAGCAUUGCAGUUGCAGUGACACUCGUGCUCGCCUUUAUUUGUGUUUUAGAGAGCGCCGCCGUCCCAUUCACGGGGGUCCAGGAUCAGGAGGAGGCAGGGAGCAAUGACACUCCAGUUGCUGCGCAUCAAGACACGUCAGUGGAAUCGUGGAUGAUGCCAAAUCACAUGAGGCAGAAGCGCCAGAGCCACCUGUCCCUGUGCCGUUACUGCUGCAACUGCUGCAGGAACAAGGGCUGCGGGUUCUGCUGCAAGUUCUGAGGCUUCCUGCAACGACCACGGAUCAUUAAUUUA